GUAUUGUGUUGAACAUCAUUGGGUUUCUCUUCCUGGGUUUCAUCUGCGUGAUUGCGAAUCUGCCCAGCGUCACGCCUGUGACCAGCGAGAACAUGAACUACACAUCGGCAGCAACAGCUUUUGUCAUGUUGAUCGCUGCGAUUUUCUGGAUUACAACUGGGCGGAAGACGUUUACUGGACCUGAUGAUGGCAAUCUGCUGGAUGUGGGGAGACAUGUCGGGUAGAAGAGAGUCUCCUUCACCUAGCGACAUCUACCAGCUCCUUCACCCAGCUGUGAUGCUGUUAUUGUAAUUGUCGUAUAAUAGCAAUCAACAGUUCGUUCAUCAUUCUGCCCGUUGAACAAUAGCAGCUGUACAGUAUUCGCAGAGUACUUAAUUGAGCUUCUGCCAGGCUUGCUUCCUCUUUUUCCAAAUCAUCACCACUACUCGCCUGCCAUCAGUUGGCAUUACUACUACCAUGUCAUUCCCCACCCUGCCCUUCGCGUUCGGAGUCGAACAAAGCUACCAGUUCUCGGGUGUCUCUGGGCAGCAGCCGCCAGAGACUGCGGCUCAAGAAGAAGCCGUGCGGCCGUGGAGGUCAAAGGUGAUUGCCCUGGAGGCAGAGGUGCAGACGGCCAAGGCGCAGGUCGAUGGCCUGCAGACAAAGGCGAGGAUGGGCAACGCGCUGGUCGCGUCGCUGCAGAAGGAGGCGCGUGACAGGGGUGCGGAGCUGACGGUGCGGACUGCCGUUUGCGACCAAGCGAGCACUAUGCUCGAACAGGCUCAAAGAGCUGAAAGCAUCGCGCGAGAAGUCGCCCGCAGCCUCCGCGACAAGAACCAGGAGCUCGAGAACCGCCAGGCCGCCAUGGCGCAGAAGCACGUCGACGAGAAGCACGCCGACGAGGAGUUCUACCACGGACGCAUCGCAGAGCUCACCAAGACUGUCGACGAGCAACGCCGGGAGCUUGCUCGGGAGAGGGAGCAGCAUGUCGAGCUGCAGGGGCAGUACAGCAACCUCUCAGCUGACUCGCUCAAGCAAGCACAACAGCUCCACCUCAAGGAUGGCCAGCUCGACAAGCUCCGCACCCACAUCGACAAGCUCCACGACGACGUCAGCACUGAGCGCGAUGUCGCCCGCCAGAACGAGUCCCUGCUCAGCAAGGCCUAUGCAGAGCUCGAGCAGACAAAGGCCGCGCGCAACACCGUCGUCGUCGCCCGCGAUGAGGCCCUGGCAGCAGAGCACGGGAGGCGCCUCGAGAUUGCCGACCUGAUCGCAGAGAUGCAGGAGCUGAACCAAGACAACGCGCAGCUGCGGCAGGACAUGGAGGCUAUCGACGAGGUCGAGAAGCAGAACGCCGGGCUGCAGCAAGACCUCGAGGACCUGCGCGACCAGAUGCACGGCCACGACCGCACUGUGCUGGUCAAGGACGAGCGCAUCAGCCAUCUCGAGAAGCAGCUGCAGAAGGAGCGUCAACGCACUCUCGCCGCCGACGAUGCUGCUGCUGCUGCUGCUGCCGCCGCCAAGGCAGUCAUGUCGCCAGUCAACGAGCCGCUGCCCGUGUACACCAGCACUGUGGGCGACUCGCUGGAAGACGAGCUCGCCGCUUCCUCCGACUACGACGCCGACUCUGUCUACGAUGCAAUCGAAUCGCUCGACUUCUCUCUCAUCCGCUAUGUCGACGUCCAGCCUGUCGAACCCCCCACCCUAGAGUUUGGCAUCCACGUCGAGGAAGCUGCAAGCGUCGUUCCUGUUGCGCGCCGCAUCACCAUCACGACCGAGUCCGUCGACACUGGCAGCCAGACAGAUACGCCGCCUGCACCAGUCGCCUCCGCACCGCACCUCACCGCCAGCAUCAUAUCCGCGGCGACAAUCACUAUUGCCCCAGUCGAGGCGCAGGAGCCCGUCGUCACCGAAUUCGAGCGCAAGCCCACAGCCACCAUCGCCGUGCAGACCAACUUCACCAACCCCAUGGUGCACGACGUUCCCAUCGACAUCAUGGACGAAGAACCGCCCCUCGAGGCUCCCACCAAGCGCCCGACUUCGAGCAGCGGCACCCAGACAGACAAGUCUCAACCGGCUCCUCCUACCACGACCGCGAUCACAACCAAAUCCUCCGUCUCGAGCUCUCGUGGGUUUUCCAGAUGGUUGCUGCCAAUCGCCGCUAUCAUCCUGUCGAUUUUCUGCCUGCGCCUAUACACCGAAGUGCAGAGGUGGAGGACCGCCAACGGCAUCGGCUACGGCUACGACGACGCCUACAGUCGUGGAGGAGCCUACGGGAACGGACGCAAGAUCUUCGGCUUGUUUGAUGUUGCUAUGCAUAUUGGCAACUCUGACUUUUCUGAAUCCAUCGCUCGAGCUAUGUCUGUGGUUAUUACGCGCUACGAGGAUUGGGCUGGUAUCGAUCACGUUCCGCAUUAUUGAUCUCGACGCUCGACGCCCUCUCGACGGCGCUUUCUCGAUGCCUUUUCGCCGCUUUCUGGCUUCGAAGCUCUCCACGCUUUUCACGACACGGGCUACCGCGACUGCUGUGCUUUGAGCUGGAGCGUCGUCAACACGAGCAUUUUCUUCCCUUUCGACGAUGCAGAGGCUAUGAUUACACGGGCUGAGUUUGGAAUUCCAUUACAACGGCGUUUUGUUUGGCUGCGGCCUGUUUUUUCCCCUACGAUGGAUGAUACCCCUUUUCCCUUUCCCUUCCUCCACGAUACCGGGCUGCGGGUUGAUAGAUGGGGGUUUACUAUGCUAUACGAUACGAUGCGAUGCGAUGUGAUGGUUUUGGAUGUAGCGAUGAGACUCGUCUUCAGAUAGUCGCGCGACAUGAUAUGUAUGGAAUGGAAUACUACUCUUCUC